AUGAAGACCUCUGUCCUCUUAGCAAUAACUUCAAUGUGCUCUGAAGAUUGGUUGGUAGUCAGAAUCAAAAGAAGGCUGUCUGAUCAUGGCACGGACGUUAGAGGAAGCGACCUAUACCUGGGAGAUAACUGUCCUGUAACAAGACUGCUGUCGUUCAACUACGAGUUUUCUUAUUCUGUCACUCACUGCGGCAUCAGGAAAAUAGUGGUCCAAGGGAAUGAUGUUAUAUUAUCUGAGAUCAAUUAUAGACCAACGUUGGAUACCAUCUACGAAUUUCCAAUGGUUUGCUUUGUGAAGAGGCAUAAAUUCCCAUCUUUAUUGCAUUUUGGGAUGAAUGUGUACAAUGUCAACGUUGUGGGUGAUGGCCCUGAAAGAGCAAACAAAGGGCAAGCAUCCUCGGCCCCUUUCUGGAGUAAAAUAUGCGAUCCUGAUCCUGGGCAGCAUUUAUAG